AUGGCAAUGACUGCUACAGCACCUAGCAAAAUGCUGAGAGAGAUUAGCCAGUUUCUCUGUAUGACCAGAAAGGUGCUUGUUUCAUACCCACUGGAUCGGCCCAACAUCUUUUUGUAUGCAAAGAAGACACCUCAGAGCCAGAAGGCCAUUCUAUCCUUGCUGUUUGGGUUAACGUCACUUGAGAGUUUCCCCAAAACUAUCGUUUAUGUUCAGCGGAAAGUGAAAGCAGUAAAGUUAUGGCAAUGUCUAUCAUCAAGAGGUUUGCAAGUUGGCCUCCAUCAUUCCAGCCUCAGAGCUGACACCAGCAGGCAGGUGGAAAUGCAGUUUAAAACUGGCAAGAUUUUGGUGGUAAUAGCCACAAUUGGCUUUAGCAUGGGCAUUGACAUUCCUGAUGUUCACAUGGUAGUGAAUUUGGGAUUACCAUCUACUAUUGAAGAGUGGUUUCAAGAAGAGCAGGAAGAGAUGGCCAUAAGUCAACUGCAGCCAUUGUGUUCCAUCCCAAAGAACUCAGAAAAAAGACCAAGGACAUCCGCAUCAACAGCAUCCUAG